UGACCCCCAUUUUUAAUUUUUCCACUUCUUCUUCUGAAUUUUUUGGGGAAUUACCAACAGAUAUUAUUGUGGAGUCAGUUACGGCUUUUGUUUUAUUUCUUGUUCCAUCUUCUUUACUUCUCUGUCCUUCUCUCCUCCUCUCCCUACUCUGUUCUUUCAUCUCUUCUGAUUUUUCUUUUCAACCCUGUCAGUCCAUUCCAAUCUUCUAUGUCCCACCCCCGCCUUCCAUUCUGCACUCUUAGUUCUGUUCAGUAUAAUUGCGCUGUUCUUGCUUGAAUGAGAAUCAUACCAGAUUUCAGAAUCUGGUGGGAGCAAUUUUUCCACUGAAGACGCCUUCAAGCCUUCGGAGUUCUCGGGUGUUGAGGAUGCGGACGUAUUGAUUGAGAGCCAAAAAUAAGAAGCUUUCGAAUUCGGAAGGAAUUGUUUCGUCGCUCGUCAGGCCAAUUCGGAAUCACAGCAACCGAGACCAUCGACCUGGGAUUAUGUUGUUCGGUGGAAAGAUCUCUUACUAAACGACUUGGAAUUAUUUUCUGAAUUUUCUCUGAUUCUCUGUGGACAAGUGGCACCGAUCCUAAAUCCACCUUUGCUGUGGUCCUGUAUGCUUUCCCAGUGAAACGACAAUUUUGAACUGCUAUACUCUAUUCUUCUGAGAGAUGAUUACAUUCCUGGAUGUGAAGGAGAAAUUGAAAGAAGAGGACAAAUGUUUGGAUAGUCAACUGUGGCAUGCUUGCGCCGGCGCGAUGGUACAAAUGCCGCCGUUGAACUCCAAGGUGUUUUACUUCCCUCAGGGUCACGCCGAGCAUGCAAGUGGGCCCGUGGAUUUCAAGAAAUGCCGGAGGUUUCCUCUACCACCUUACAUUGUAUGCAGAGUCGAGUCUGUUAAAUACAUGGCUGAUCCCGAGACAGAUGAGGUAUACGCAAAACUUAGGCUUCUUCCAUUGAAUGGGAAGGAGGCUGAUUAUGAUGACGACAACGUUGUUGGAGGAGGCACCGAUGGAUCUGAAGCUCAAGACAAACUUGCCUCGUUCGCAAAAACUUUGACUCAGUCGGACGCCAACAAUGGCGGUGGUUUUUCUGUUCCUAGAUACUGUGCAGAGACAAUUUUCCCGCGUCUGGACUUUUCUGCGGAUCCACCCCUUCAAUAUAUUGAGGCUAAAGAUGUUCAUGGGGAAUCGUGGAAGUUCAAGCACAUUUACAGAGGCACACCGAGGCGGCAUCUCUUGACCACAGGAUGGAGUCCGUUUGUGAACAAGAAAAGGCUUGUUGCCGGGGAUUCAAUAGUAUUUCUAAGAGGACAAGAUGGAGAUCUCUAUGUAGGGAUUCGACGAGCUAAAAAAGGAAAUGGUCGUCGAUUUGAGUCCUCAUCAGUGUGGAAUUCAGAGGGUGAAAAUUGUCCUCUACCUUACGAAGGAUUGUCGGCAUUCUUGAAGGGAGAUGACGGCAAAAAACUGGCGAUCAAUAAUGGUACUGGCAAUGGAAUGAUUGGCACGAGAGGGAAUGUUGUGGCCGGUGGGAAAGUGAAAGCCGAAGCAGUUAUUGAAGCUGCGACUCUCGCUGCUAAUGGACAACCCUUUGAGGUUGUGUACUACCCUAGAGCAAGCACUCCCGAGUUCUGUGUAAAGGCCUCUUCAGUUAAAACAGCCCUUCAAAUCAGGUGGUGUUCUGGAAUGAGGUUCAAGAUGGCUUUUGAGACAGAGGAUUCUUCUCGCAUAAGUUGGUUCAUGGGAACUAUAUCUUCGGUGCAGGUCGCUGAUCCUCUGUUCUGGCCAGAUUCACCUUGGAGGCUUCUCGAGGUUACAUGGGAUGAACCGGAUUUACUUCAAAAUGUGAAACGGGUGAGCCCGUGGUUGGUUGAAUUGGUAUCCAACAUGCCUGCAAUCCCUCCACCUUUCUCGCCACCACGGAAGAAAAUGAGGUUGCCUCAUCAUCCAGAUGUUCCGCUUAAUACUCAGAUUUACGUGCCCACGUUUGGUAGCAAUCUCUUAGGUCCCAUGAACAAUCCCUUUGGGUAUCAUCUACCUGAAACCACUCCUGCUGGCAUGCAGGGAGCCAGGCAUGCUUAUUAUGGUCUACCCUUACCAGAUCUCCACCUCAGUAAGUUGCAGUCAUCGCCUCUGUAUUUGACUUGUUUUCCACCACUUGGCCAAGCUUCUAUGCAAACCAGGGUCUGUUAUAACUCACCAAUGCAGAAGCAUGGCGUGAGUGAGAAUGUCUCCCACUUGAUUUCCAAUGAAAAUUCUGCCCACUCUUUGAAGGAAGAGGAUGAUAAUAAGGCACCCCACCUUGUGCUUUUUGGGAAAAAAAUUCUUCCUGAGAAGAAGAUCCCCACGAGCUGCUCUCGUGACGGAUUCUCCCAAGUCCUCACUCGUAAUAGUUCAUUAUAUGGAAAUGCUCAUAACGGGGCCAAUUUUUCUGAUGGUAAGCGCCGGGAAUCUGAUCAGACUAAUUUGGACGGGGGUCACUGUUAGGUGGUUGUUUUAAGAUUCAGAACAUUUAGGUCGGACUGCGAACCAACCUCUCGUGGCUGGGAUUUUAAGAUGAACUUAAUAGGGAGCUGACAUGUUGGAAAUUUUUUAUCUGAUAAUAUGCUGAACCUUGUCCUUUGCCAAGAUAUUAAGAGUGCCGUCAAACACAUUGAAGAUGAAUGAUGCAGUCAGGGAUUUAUUGUACGACUCGUAGGAUUUAAUUUUGUAAGUCGCCUCAGAGUCUAACUUGAACGUGUCAAUUGCUUUUGCAGCAACUUUAUGUAUAAAAACGGCUAGGAGGUCGACGAUUUUGAUAGACUCGAGCAGUGACAGUGUAGGAGGAAUAAGAACAUGAAUCAUUAUUUUCAAUGUGUAAAGCGGUUGAUCAAAUCCUUUAUUUUAUUAUGAACCUGCGGUCACUUUUGAAGCGAGGGAAAGAGACGAUCUCGUCUAAUUCAAGGAGGUUUACCUCUUCGGGAUUUGUGUCUCUCUUCGUUCCCAAAGAGGGAAUCAGGAGUUUAGAAUUUUAUGUUAUGAUGGCAGCUCUUUUUACAUUAUUACUUUUCUCGUUGGAUUCUAUUUUAACAUUGAAUGGCUGAUUUGAAUUUAUUUUUGAAAGCAUCUGAAACAAAAGACAAGAGCAUCUUCCUCGCG